UCUUCCUUGCCUGCUGCCUUGCCUAGACAUUUGCAUUUUGAGAAAGGAAAGUAGAUGAAGCUUCUUUGGAAAGCUGGAGGGGAUCUCCUGGGCACGGAUGCUGGUGCUUAUGAGUUCAGCCUCCUUGACCUGAACUGGGGAAAGCAACUUGCUGGGUGCUGGCAGCCAUCACAAAGACUUCCAGAGUGCUGGAGAUCCUUUAUGGCAUGGAUCACCUGCCAGACAGCAUGGAGGGCUGGGAGCAUAGCAAGUCAAACUUUUGACACUGAGUACCAAAGAAAUGGUGAUGGAGAAGCCAAGUCCCCUGCUCGUGGGGCGGGAGUUCGUGAGACAGUACUACACCCUGCUAAAUAAAGCUCCUGACUUCUUGCACAGGUUCUAUGGCAGGAAUUCUUCCUACGUGCACGGGGGGCUGGAUGCCAGCGGGAAGCCGCAGGAAGCGGUGUACGGCCAAGCUGAGAUACACAAGAAGGUGAUGUCCCUGCAGUUCAGCGAGUGCCACACCAAGAUCCGCCACGUGGACGCCCACGCCACGCUGAGCGACGGCGUGGUGGUGCAGGUGAUGGGAGAGCUCUCCAACAACGGGCAGCCCAUGAGGAAGUUCAUGCAGACUUUUGUGCUUGCUCCAGAGGGCUCUGUUCCAAACAAGUUCUAUGUCCAUAACGAUAUCUUCAGAUACGAAGAUGAAGUAUUUGGGGAUUCAGAAGGAGAGCUUGAUGAAGAGUCUGAGGAAGAGGUGGAAGAGGAGCAGGAGGAAAGGCAGCCAUCCCCUGAGCCUGUGCAAGAGAACGCCAGCAGCACUUACUACGAAAACCACCCUGUGACCAAUGGGAUAGAGGAGGCACUGGAGGAGUCAUCUCAUGAACCUGAGCCGGAGUUGGAAUCAGAAACGAAACCCGAGGAGCUGAAAGCUGAAGCGGAAGAGAAGACCCUUGAGGAGCUGGAAGAGAAGUCUCCAUCUCCACCUCCUGUAGAACCUGUUUCACUACCACAAGAACCACCAAAGGCUUUCUCUUGGGCUUCAGUGACCAGUAAAAACCUGCCUCCUAGUGGUACUGUUUCUUCCUCUGGAAUUCCACCCCAUGUUAAAGCACCAGUCUCACAGCCAAGAGUUGAAACUAAACCUGAAGCUCAGUCUCAGCCCCCUCGUGUGCGUGAGCAGCGUCCCAGGGAGCGGCCGGGCUUCCCACCCCGCGGCCCUCGGCCAGGGAGAGGGGACAUGGAGCAGAACGAGUCGGAUAAUCGCCGGAUCAUCCGCUACCCAGACAGCCACCAGCUCUUUGUGGGCAACCUGCCUCACGACAUCGACGAGAGCGAGCUGAAGGAGUUCUUCAUGAGCUUUGGAAACGUGGUGGAACUUCGCAUAAACACCAAAGGAGUGGGAGGAAAGCUGCCCAACUUUGGCUUUGUGGUGUUUGAUGACUCUGAGCCCGUCCAGCGCAUUUUAGUUGCCAAACCCAUUAUGUUCCGGGGCGAGGUGCGCCUCAACGUGGAGGAGAAGAAGACCAGAGCCGCCCGCGAGAGGGAGACGCGCGGCGGCGAGGAGCGCCGGGAGCUGCGGCGCAGCGAGCGCGGCCCCGGGGGGCCCCGCGGCAUAGUGGGUGGCGGCGGCGGCAUGCUGCGGGAGCGCGACGGCAGAGGACCCCCGGCGCGGGGCGGCAUGGCGCAGAAGCUGGGCUCCGGCCGCGGCAGCGGGCAGAUGGAGGGGCGCUUCGCCGGGCAGCGCCGCUGAGGGGCCUCCCCCGCCCGCCGGCGCGGCGUCCAUCGUGUUUGCAUUCUCGUUCAUUUCUUUUGGCUUUGGAAUGUGACACAGCCCUCCCGAUCAUUUCUUUGAUGUGAGAAGCAUCCUUUGGUUUCCAGUUUCAAUCGAGGUGGACGUCGGUUCCCCCCAGUUCACACCAGGAGUCACACUGUUAAUUUAUCGAUGUAGACUUGGAGAAACGAGGACUGAGAACAAACAAAACAAAGAACACAAAACAACAGACCGGUGAACUAUCUGCAACAACGGUGACCUAAGGGACAUGCCCAGUCGAAUUCGGGGUCCUUGCAGUCCAAACCCCUCUGCUGCACACUUGGUGCCAGCGUUCCUGUUUCUGCCUCUUCCCGUUGGAAACACAAACAGUGCAAUCUGUGCAAUUGGAGAAGCUUGCCUGGUUUCUUUUAUUUCUGUUGGUUGGUUGGUGGUUGGUUGUUUUUUUUGGGUCCCUCUUAGAACACUCAGCUCAGACAGACUUGUGUUUACGCACUCAUCCGAUGCACUGAUGGCUACUCUGAACUCGUGGCUGCGACAUCUGCAGGAGGCCUCGGAGGAAACAGCCCCUUUCAUCCUCCCCCUCAGACAGGAUAGCCUGGGAAGCGAUGUGGGCAUCCGAUCUGCUGGCUGUGACCGACGCCUGUACACACCCAAACCUUAACCAGACUACACACCUCUUAUUCCAGAAGGAAUCCCUUUAGCUGUAAACAGAAGCAGAACCCAGAGCUCCGGGGUCGUGGCCCUGAGUAGGCAACCGGUUUGAUAGCUCACGUCAGGUGUUUUUCUACCUGCCCCUCUGCAGUACAGGGAUGGCUGCCCGACACACUCCUCCCGCCCCGGCCCCCUCGCUAAGCGUUGUACAGUGAAACUUGUCCUGACUGUAUUUGAGUUCUCUGGUAAUGUAAUAAGCAUGAUGGUGCCUUCUCUGAACACAUCAUUCCAGUCUUGCUGGUGACUUUGUACAGUAACCGUGUAUCAAUUACUGUGCUUGCCAAGCCAGUCGGCUGCAAAGCCUUGAAAGGAAAUCGUGGAGGGGAAAAAAAAGUUAAUUGUAUUAAAAAAACAA